AAAUGCACAUAAAAACCAAUUUUUCUCACGACGUUUUUAUGUGAAUAACGUGAUGCAGUGACUCAGCUAUCUAUGGAUUGCGUAGGGCCAAGCAUCGAAUUUGUUAAGCUUGUUGGUCGUCCAUUUGUGAGAUAUCUGAAAUACCAGAUAAAAUAUAAUGAUCUUCUGCAAAAGUUCGAGCAAACCAAACAACUCUUGCACAGUCGGAAACAUGAAAUCGAAUCAAAACGGGAGGCUGAGCUUGAAUCUGCACUUUACCAUGUUGUAAAGGAGGAAGUAGAAGUUUGGCUUAAAGAAGUAGAAGAAUUUAUUGGAAGACAGGAUGUUGUUGAUGAAGUGAACAGUUGGGGGUAUCUUUCUUGCUGUUGCCGAGCAGUGGUUCUAGAGGAAAGAACACAGGAAUUGAAGGAAAUAUAUGAUAGAGGGGAUAACUACACUAGGGACUGUUUGGUCAUUGAAGAUCACUCCAAAAAACUCAAGUGUUAUGAGGAGAAUUUUAAUGAAUUGAAAAAGAAGCUGCAGUGCAACCAGGCAGACAUUGGUUCAAGACUGAAUUCACAACUUGUCUAUGGGAAAAUUGAAAUGGAGCAAGUCAAACUUUGGCGGGAAAAAGUGGAGGAGACGUUGAAGGGAGUCAAAGAUAUUGCAGAUAAAAUUGGAGGGAGUUCCUCACAUUCCUCUGAUCCUCUAGUAAUAAUGCAUCUUGGAGGAAAGAUUCAAGAAAUGAAGACAAUGUGUGAAGAAGGAAGUCAAUUGCCAGACCGUUUGGUCAUUGAUGAUCCAUCAGCUUCGGUAGUUGAAUUGACAACAUCAGAGUUACAAGGCAGUGAGGCUGUUAAAGCAAAUAUUUUGGCAUGCUUGAAGAGAGAAGAGGUGACAAUGCUUGGAGUUUGGGGGAUGGGGGGAGUCGGGAAAACAACAAUAAUGAAGCAUGUCCAUAAUGAACUGCUAAAAGAAGGUAAAUUCAAGCAAAUAAUUUGGGUAACUGUGUCACAAAACUUUGAUAUCCCCAAAUUGCAAGAUGAAAUUGCACGCAGCUUGAACUUGAAGGAAAAGUUGGAAGAGCUUCAAAAUGAAACUAUUCGUGCAGGAGUGUUGUCAAAGAUGCUAGAGGAACAGAAGCCUUACUUGCUGAUUCUUGAUGAUGUGUGGUGCAGUUUCGAACUUGAAAAAGUUGGAAUUCCUAAGCCAAAUGUAACUGAUAGCUGCAAGUUAGUAUUGACUACACGGUCACAAGAGGUUGCUCGUUCAAUGGAUUGUAGAAGAAUCCAUGUGGAGACUCUUUCAGAGGAGGAAGCUUUAAAAUUGUUUCUAAAUAAAGUUGGAGAUGCUGUUUUAUCAGAUCAUGAAGGGGGCAUUAAAAAGGAUUUAGAAUCAACUUUGAAGGAGAUUGUGGAUGAAUGCGAUGGUCUUCCGUUGGGACUUAUUACAGUUGCUGGCAGCUUAAAAGGAGUAUCUGAGUCACGGUUGUGGAGUGUUGCACUGAAUCAAUUGAGAAAUUACAAAAGAAAUGUAGCAGGUACAUAUGCUGAUGCAUUUCAGAUAUUAAGGUUCAGUUAUGAUCGUUUGGAAAACCAACAGAUCCAAUAUUGUUUCUUAUAUUGUGCACUGUAUCCUGAGGAUCACAAGAUUCUGAGGGAGGAAAUAAUUGAAAGCUGGAUUGACGAGGGGUUUAUAGAUGAAAUGCAAUCUCGGCAAUCAAUGAAGGAUGAGGGUUAUGGUAUUUUGAGGAAGCUUGAAGACAAUAGCUUGUUGGAAUUGAUUGAAGAUGAAGAUAGCGAAGAUUGUGUGAGGAUGCACGAUCUUGUCAGGGACAUGGCCUUAGACAUUACAAGAAUGAGUCCUCGGUUCUUGGUAGAAGCUGGCAAGGCAUUGAAAGAGCUACCAGAAAGGGUAAAUUGUGCAGAGGGUGUUGAAAAGGUUUCAUUAAUGCGUAAUUAUAUUGAAGAAAUUCCAUCGAGCUUGGCAUUUUCAACAUGCACAAGGCUCACAACCUUGCUGCUGGCCCAUAACAACUUGUCAACAAUUCCAGAAUCUGUCUUUGAGCACAUGCUAGAGCUAAGAAUUCUUGAUCUGACCUUCAAUCUGCAGUUAAGUAGCUUGCCAAAUUCUGUCUCCAAAUUGGUGAAGCUUACUACAUUGUUGUUGGAAUUAACAUCCCUAGAAAAGGUACCAUCUUUGUCAGGCCUUCAAUCCUUGAAAAAGUUAAACCUUAGGCACACAAAAAUCAAAGAAGUGCCUGAAGACCUGGGAAUGUUGAAGAAUUUGAAAUGUCUUUUUCUUGAUGGAUCUCAAAUAGAUGAAAUAGCAGAUGGAGUAUUAUCAAAUCUCUCCAAACUUCAAGAGUUUACUGUAGAUGAGUGGAGAAUAAAAUUGAAGGGGAACGUGGUUGGGAGAUUGAAGGAGUUGGAAGUUUUUCAGGGCCGGUUCCCCACUGCGAAUGACAUGAGAAUUUUUCUCAAAUGUCAGCCUAAUAGGCUGAGUGAUUAUUUUAUUACUGUUGGAAGCAAUUUAGAUGGGAUUGGUGAGAUUUAUCAGGAUAUAGAACAGUUACCAAGAUAUAAGAAAAGAAUGGGGUUCGAGGCGACUAGUAUUGUUGGAGAGAAUGUGUUAUUUCCCACUGUACAAGUAUUAUGUAUUCAAGCUUGCCACGACCUAAGAAGCUUAAAUGAUUUUUCUGCAAUCAAAGAUGCAACGGAUUUGAGGCAAUGUUUGAUUUGGGACUGUGAUGGCGUGGAGUGCGUUCUUGCCUCGUGGAUAAACAACUCAGUCGUCCAAACCCUUGAGUGUCUGUCUCUUGCAGGUUUGCGCAAAUUGGAUGGGCUGUUUGAAGCAAACGUCAUGGCGACGUCAUCACCACCACCUAGGGCUUUUUCAUCUCUCCAAAAAGUUGUCCUUUGGGAAUGCAAAAAAAUAAAGAAGUUGUUUCCAUCUUGGAAGUUGGUGGAAUAUCUCCAAAGUCUAGAGGACAUUUGUGUCGAACAUUGUGAAGAAAUGGAAGAAAUAAUAGGAUCAGAUCCAGAAGAAGAAGGAGGGGACAUCAUCAAGGAGCUCAUUCUUCCAAAAUUAAAAGAACUAAAAUUGCAGAAUUUGCCCGCAUUAAAGAGCAUCUGUAGCAGGAGAGCAAUAAUGGUAUGUGAUUCUCUUGAAUCUAUUUCCAUUAGUGAUUGCCAGGGCCUAAGGAGGAUUCCUUUUCGUCCCCUGGUUGAUAAAGCCCAACCAUCUCCUCCUCUUUCCCUCAAAAAAAUCCACAUAAGUCAACAAGAACUGGGAUGGUGGGAAUCGUUGGAGUGGGACCAUCCCAAUGCAAAGGAUGUCCUUCGACCCAUGGUUCAAUUUGAUUAAUCGAUACAAGAUUUCAUCAUCAGAGUCGAAACAGUUGGAAUCGGUGGAUUAUCCACAAGAUUGAAAGAUUUCACAUUAUUGGAGUUGGAACAGUCAGAAUCGGAGGGUUAUCUAGAAGAUUGAAAGGAAGCCGGUUCAUUCAACCAGUCUGUUGUUGCUUUUCCUUCCGAGCUUCAAAGGAUGUCCUUUCUACUAGCCUUGUGUGGAUUGUUUUAGUGUGAUUCUUGUGUUUUCAUACUCUGUCAAUUAAUUGUGUGGAAAACUGAUUUAGAACACCAUCUGUAUUCUUAUGUAUUUUGCUGCACUGUUAUAUAUCUUAGUUGUACCAUGUACAUACAUAAAUAUGUGUUUUCAAUCUAAUCUUUGAUGAAUUAACUGGAGAGAAAGCAGGAAUUCCAACCCACAACAAUCAAAUCACCAAUUCACUGAUUCUCUUCUUCUUUUUCUCUUCUGUUGGGUGAUAGCUUCUUGUUCAACAGUACAGAACUAAAGAUAAAAAGAUGCAAAUGUUGGCUUGUAAAGGUUUAGGCAAACUUUGCAAGCCAAGGCAUAAAGAGAAGCAGCUAUGGCGAUGGGGGGACACAAGACCAAGAAGUCAUCUGUAACACUUCAUUUCCACCAUCACUAACUCCUUUAAUGGAUUUGGACUAGGUUUUUUCUCCAACAGUUCAUCUCCCUUUUGAUUAUUAUUUGGUCUAAGUUGUCAUUAUAUAAUAUUAUCACCAUUUGAGAAAUGGGUGUCUCUGUAAAUUGUCUUCUCAGUCAUUCAUGGAUAGAAGAAAUUGGUGGUAUUUGCCAAUAUUUUUUGUAUUUAAUUGUGUCAGGAAGCAAAGAAAUCGGCAUCUAUUUUUUCAGACUCUUCAAGAAAUUUGGAUACUGCUCAAAACAGGGACUUCACUGUAUAUUCUGAAUUUCAAGUGUGUUGAUGUUCAGAUCAUAUAUCUAUUAUAUGAAUCAUUCGUGGAUUUGAAAUAAAAAGGAUUCUGCAUA